AACCUGGAUGCCUUGGAUAAGAAGUUUAUACUUGACAUCAUUUCUGGAUGCAUUGAGCAUAAAAAGUUAUUGGAUGUUGUCAUCAAUGUCUUUUAUGCUCAGAAUGGGAAAUGCUUACUGAAGGCUGAUCGUAACCAGUUUGCCAGUAAGUUCAUCACAGAAUUUUAAAUAACUCAAUUCUAGAUAAUGUUUUCAAAAUGGUAUAACAAACACAUGAUCUGACCAUUUGUCGCUUCUAUAUUUGCCAAUUUGUGUUCCACAGUAAUCUGUUACUUCAGCAUGUUCCUCCUUGAUGACCUUGGACUUUAAAAAGAUGCACAAAGUAAGAAACACAUUGUCUGUGGUCUAAUGGCACCAAAAUGCAAUUAUUUCACAGUUUGUGGUAAUUUUAUGGCUCAUAAAAUAAAUCAACUUUCUCUGACAAUCUUUGGGUUUGGUAAGUGAAAAUUCCUGGGGCUCAGUGUUUUUCUUGGUGGCUUUCUUGAGUUGACUCCUUCGAGAGAUUCUGGCUGCAAACUGAGCCAUCAGAAUCUCAAUCUCAGGGCUCCACCUAGUGGGGGAAAUGUGUAUAUAUUAGAAAAAGAGAUGACAAGACAGUAAAGACAUGAAAAAUAAAACAAAAUGAAAGAAGACAGCAUGAGUGGGGAUUCAAUGUCUUUAGGUAUAACCUGAAUGCCUUUACAGUUCUGUACCUUAGCAGUGGGGCAAUCCCGUUCCUCUUCAUAUAGGCAGCAUCAUAGAUCUCACUCCACUCCCCCUGGAUCCAGGUACUGAGGUUUGUGAUGUUGAAGUGCUCUCAAAUGAUACAGAAAUAAUAGACAGUAACAUUUGUCUAUGAGCGUCUUUGCGUAUACCCCUGUGUAUUUGUAUAUUUCCACCAGACUAACAACCUGCCCAUCAGGCUAAACAUAACGGCCAUCCUGCGAGAGGGGGCUCUGUAUAACCGUCAGGUGUAG